AUGAGUAUUAGCAAGUAUGCCGAUCUACCUGACAUUGACACGGCCCCUGACGUGUAUGAAACGGCAGACACAUUUCCAUUAUCGCAGACUAAUAAUGUUGACUCCAGUGACGACGAAUCGACGUUCCCAACACGAUCUGCUAGGAACAAACCUGAUCCCAAUGGUCGAGAAGAACUGGACUACAGUAACCUAAUUGGUGCUGAUGAGGCAAGCAGGAAGUUUAGAAAAGCCGAGAAAAAAGCUUCCCGAGUUCGAACACAAUAUGCUUAUCCACCCUCACCAACGUCUCCGACGUCGCUACUGGAUCCAUUUGGGAUAUCACACUCUUUACCCCUGUCCCAUAGACUGCGAAUGCUACAGAACGAAUUAGCGGCGUUGGAAACCGAGUUGGCCGAUCCUUCGAAUCCACUUAUUCACAAAGAACGGGAAGAAGAAAAUAUUGACCCAGGAGAGUUGAUCAGAGGGUUAGUUGACGUUCGAUCUAGGUUAGAUAAGAUCAAAAAGGGUAAGGAAGGGCGAGCACGAUUAAUAGGUGCUGUGCUAGACGACAACAUCUUAAAUGGCCAAGUCACCACGGGGAAAGCCACAGGAAACCAAGAACAAUAUGUCUCUGAUCCUAAAACUGAGCCAAAAACCGAUAUGCAAACAAUGGUUGAGAUGGAUCACCGCAUUGGAGAGUUGGAGCACAUUAUAGGUUCCUCGGGCAUGACUCUGGAUGAGACAUCUCCUUUGCCAUCGCCUUUGUUACCUCUCAUCACUCGCUUGAACAAUCAGCUUACUAUUCUGACACAACCUCGCCAUAUCGAUUCUAUUUCACGUCGCUUGAAGUUGCUCUUGUCAGAUCUUGACCGAGCUUCAGCUGCCCAGCAUCAAGCACACAAACGCCAUCCAUCGCAAAGUAACAAUGGAUCAUCCCCGCCAACUGUCGUUCAUGAAAUCCUCCCCAUACUAACGCGUCUCGGGCCGCUACUUCCUCAUAUUCCCCACGUACUUACUCGACUGCGUACUCUGUCGUCUCUGCAUUCUUCAGCAGCGACAUUCCAAAGUUCUCUCGAAGAUCUUGAAGAAGAACAAAAGAGGACGCGAAACGGUCUGCUUGAUUUAGAAAGGGCGAUUGAAACGGUUGAGACAAGCUUGAAGGAAAAUAAAAACGUUGUUAAAAGCAAUGUUGCUGGAUUGGAAAGCAGAGUCAAUUCUUUACUUGAUCGUUUGGAAGACUUGAUACGGGAGCAUAAUAGUCCUUGA